AUGGCAGUUGUAGAAGAAUUUCAUAUUUUAUCUCGCGAAUUAUUACAUCGACAACCAACAACAACCAGACUUCUUCAUUGUGACAAACCCAAAAAAUCCAAAGUUUACACCAGAACUGGUGACAAAGGAACAUCAAGUCUUUAUAAUGGUGAACGAAGAUCUAAAGAUGAUCCUAUAUUUGAUGCGUUAGGAACUAUCGAUGAAUUAAAUUCUAGUAUAGGAAUUGCAAAUUUUUAUUGUAAAAAAGCAGGAAAUUCAUUGAUAGAAAAUUUAAUUGAGAUACAAUGUAACUUGAUUCAAGUUAUGUCAAAUGUUGCAACACCAAGAAGCAAUUCAAAUGAUUCCAAAAUAAAUUACACAUCUUUCGAAGAAGAAAAUAUUGCUAAAUUGGAGUCUUUGAUUGAUAAAUAUGAUUCAGCAAGUAUCAAAACUUAUACAUUGCAUAGAGCUUCCACCUUUAAAGUAUUUUAUUUUGCCAUCUGGAAGCGAGAGUGCUGUGUUUCUACAUCAAUAAGAGCUGAACGUGUCACAACACCAUUAGUUGUAUCUGGUACAGCGGAUCAAACUGUUGGAAAAUAUUUAAACAGAUUAAGUGAUUUCUUUUUUGUUGCAGCAAGAUAUGCUUCACAAUUUGAAGAUCAAACUGAAAAUAUCUACAUUCAAAAAAAUCUAGUAACAAGAGAUUUGAAAAAAGAAUGA